AUGACCGAAAAUAAGAAACAUUUGUUUGGUCCUCUAGCGAUUCGAAAUGGAGGGGUUCUUAUUUUCGAGAUUUUUAAGUUUGCCCCACCCAAUCAAAAAUAUAGUAAUGAAAAACAUAACUUAUCAUAUUUCUCCAAAGUGGAAGGUUUCAUGUUUUGGGAUUUCAAAAAUACGUUUGAUUGA